UUUAACACUUUGACAUUUACUCAAAAGUUUCAAACAUCAAAUUUAACAACAUCCCGUAAUGCCUUCAUCCACAUUUUGUAACGAUGCCUUCAAUUAAAAAAAUAGUCCUCCAUCGUAACAACAUUCUACUAAUCGCGAAAAAAGUUUUCACCGUUCCAUGUAAGCAUGCGCAUAAAUCCGCAAAAAGUUCUAACCCUGUCCUUGAGACUUGGAGUUUUUUAUGGAAGAAGAUCGGCCGAGAGCAUUAAAGAAUUAUCUUCGCAAUGUGUUAGACCUCCAACUAGACCAAACUCUGAAAAGUGCACUGAAAGAGGACCUUUACCAUGGGAGACCGACGAGCGCCAAAAAUACAUAGAUAGGCAAAAUCAAGGUAUAGAAUGUGAUGAUUUAAGACCACAAAGUGUUAUAGACAGUUUUAAAUCCAACUGGGAACGUAGAAAGAUGGAGAGAGGUAGAAAAGAGUUCGAAAGAAUAGCCAUCAUAAGAAAGACGUAUCCUCAUGUAGAAGCAGAGAAAAAGCCCUGCGUUCCUGGAUGUCCCGUGGCUGGCUGGCAAUUACUGAAUUCUGCUUGUCAUCAGACACACAGUCAUCAAGAAGCAGAAAAAAAGCCCAAUCAACCUGAUCCUGGGCGUGACUGCCAAUUGAUGACCUCUGCUUGUCGUCAGACAAGCUGUCAUCUAGAAGCAGAAAAAAGGACCAAACUUCCUGAAAAUCGUGGGCGUGCCUGUAAAUUACUGACCUCUACAUCUACAAGUCGUCAGACAGACUGCUAUUUAGAAGCAAAACAAAAGACCAAUGUUCCUGGGUAUCCUGGGCGUAACUGUUAAUUAGUGCACUCUACAAGUCAUCAUGGAACAAUCUCAUUAAUUGAAGUCAUUGUUACAAUAAAAAAUUAAAUUUUUGUUUUUUCAAUA